AUUGACUCUCCUCUGCGACCGCCUCUCGUUUCUGAACCAUUAAUUCGCGCCCACUGUACAUACUUUACCUUCGUUCCUCCCACCAUCAAAACCGCCAUGGGCCUCGGAAAUAUCCUCACGGCGCUGGCAGCCUUCCUCCCGGCCAUCCACGCCGCGGUGCCAGCCAUCGCCGGCUUUUCGCUGACCUGGAGUGACGACUUCGUCGGCACGGCAAACAGCCUCCCGAACCUGGCCAACUGGAUCGUCGACACGGGCACAAGCUACCCCGGCGGUCCCUCGCAAUGGGGCACGUCAGAGAUCCAGACGUACACCAGCAGCACCAACAACCUCAAACUCAACGGCAAUGGCGCGCUUCAGAUCACGGCCAUCAGGGACUCGGCCGGCGGAUGGACAUCGGCGCGUAUCGAGACCCAGCGGUCCAACUUCAUGGCCGCUGCCGGCGGUAAAAUGCGUAUCCAGGCCAGUUUGAACUUGCCAGUUGUGGGCAGCAACGGCAUCGGGUACUGGCCCGCCUUCUGGACGCUCGGCAGUGCGUACCGCGGCAAUUACCAGAACUGGCCAUCGGUCGGCGAAUUCGACAUCAUGGAGAACGUCAACGGUAUCAACCGCGUCUGGGGCGUCAUGCACUGCGGCGUCAACCCCGGCGGACCGUGUAGGGAGACGGACGGUCUCGUCAACAGCCGCGAGUGCCCCAACACGCCCUGCCAGGGCAACUUUCACACCUACACACUCGAGGUCGACCGUACGCAGUCGCUCGAGGCAGUGCGGUGGUUUGUCGACGGCAUCCUGUUCUGGCAGAUCGUGUCGACCGACCUGCCAUCCGACGUCUGGGCCCAGAGCGUUCACAACCCGCACUUCAUCUUGCUCAAUCUGGCCAUCGGCGGCGCGUUCCCGAACAACAACUACGGCAGCUCAACGCCGCUGGCCAGCACCGUGUCGGGCGCAACGUUGCAGGCUGAGUAUAUUGCUGUAUACAAUGCGUAGGCGGGUUGUGGUGGUUGGUAUUUAUGUUUGCUUGCGGCUUUUAUGAGGGGACUGAUCUACUGCUACGUAUUUGAUUCUUGUUCAUGUUUUAUUUAUUUAGUUCACCCUGUAUGUAUACUUCUUGUUCAUGUUUUAUUUAUAGCUAGCUGUAGCUGUAUGUAUAUCGUGUGGGUUGUUUUUGUUU